AUGGCCGCGGCAGAGGCAGGCGUGCUGUACGCGAGCGACGACGACGAGGGCGUCAAUUCGUUCUUCGUGCGUGCGCUCUACGACUUCUCCUCAGAGGAUGCCAGCUCGCUCUCCUUUGAGCGCGGCGCCCUCAUUGAGGUGCUGACGCAGCUCGAGAGCGGCUGGUGGGACGGAUUGCUGGGCAACGACGUGCGCGGCUGGUUCCCCUCCAAUUACGUCGAGGUCAUCUCCGACGAGGAGGCCGAGGCCGAGCUGCGCGCUCGCGGCAUCGAGUUUGACGAGGCCGACGAGGAGGAAGAGGAGCAGAACGAUGCGGCUGCCUCAGAUGGCGCCUCGCAGAGAAGCGGCAAGGCAGUCCUCUCGGGCUUCGACCUCGGGCCGGAUUACGAGAGCGUGCGGCAGCUGAUGGAAGACGACGGUGCGUCCGGCAAUGCCUUCGAGCAGCUGGCUGAGGCAGCAGCAUUCGGCGCUGCAUCAGGAAGCAGCCACAGUGCAGCUGGCGCGCCAGACCGGGCACGAGCUGGCUCCAGCGCCUCUGCGGCGCCAGCGACGACCUCGCCGGCGCGCAGCACUCCACGUGCCGGUCCCAGCGAGCGCGAGCGGCUGCGCUCGCACAGCACUGCGGCCACGGCUAGCAUUGUGCCGCAGAGCCGGCCACGUGCUGCGACAAACGUCGCCUCGAGCGCCACUGCUAGCCUGCAAGCGCCGCAGGGGCGAGAGCGCGCUCUCUCUGCAGCAGCGCAGGGCAGCAGGGCACGCAGCAGAAGCAGAAAGGACGAGGCGGACUUUUGGGUGCCCAAGGUGACAGAUCGCGGCGAGAUCAUGUACUACAACACGCGCACGGGCGCUCAGUCGCACGACCUGCCGGACGGGCACGAGUCGGGCGACAGCCGCAGCGCCAGCAGCAUGCACAUGUCCGACGACGACGAGAUGCUCUCCGACCGCUCGAGCGAGAGCCGCCGCGAGGCGCUGCAAGAUCAGGCUGCCCUCUUGCCGCAGGGCGCCGCGGUGUCCGCCAACGUCUUCAAUCGGCACACGUCGACUGUGUACAUCGACUCUGACGGCGCCUCUGGCAGCGCAGCCAGCUCGCGCCUGCGCCGCGGCUCCAUGGCCUCUUCGAUGACGGCACAGAGCUCGAACACGGCCACGAGCGCGCGGCGCAAUCCUCUCGACUCCAUGCCCGAUCCGCGCGACGUGCGGCCGCCGUGGAAGGUGCGAGAAGCCCUCGACGAGCGCUCCUUCUUCUUCUACAAUACGGAGACGCGAGAGACGCGCUACGAUGUGCCGCCUGGUGCGCUCGUAUCCAGGACACGAGACACGCUUGAGGAGUUGGCAGACGAGCCACGAAGCGCGACCGCACGCGUCUCGUCGCUGCCGACGCUCGAGUCGGAGGAGUCUGAGACGGAGGGCGAUGGUAGGCCUGUCGCGCGCGCACCGGGCAAGUCGCCAAAGCUGCGCCGCGAUGGCUCGAGGCGACCGAUGUCCAUACCGCCGGCGAUGUCCGACGCGCCGCGAUCGAUGAUGCUCGAGGCCGAGCAAGCGCUAGCGCUGCAAAAGACGCUCGAGCCCGACAGUGCUCAGGCGCUGAGCGUGCUCGUCGAGACUGCGGCCGACGCCAUCAGCCACCUGGCGUCCGUCGCUGCCGAGGCUAUCGGCUCCGACGGCAAGAGCGAGGCGGAUCGGGCAGUGGUGCCGGAUCCGGAAGACGCACUCAGCGAUCACUCGAGACUGGGCGGAGCGACGAGCGCCGUCGUGCGCGCCAUCCGAGACCUGCUCUACGCCGCAGGCACGCUGGGCAUCCCGCAACUCGACCUGGCGCCUAUCGCAGAGCUCUGUGUGCAGCCGGGCGACGAAGACGCAGCGACGGGCCCGGUUGGCGCCUUUCAUGCUGCGCUCGUGGCGCUGCAGCAGAAGAGCCCGUCGAGCUCCGCGCGCGACCAAGCGACGGUGCAGCAGGCCGUCUCUGCGCCGCCGGGCCUGCUGGCGCUCAGCAAGAAGGUCAACGCCACCGUCUCCAAGCUCGUGCUGUCUGCGCGUGCCGUCGUGGAGCAGCCCAUGCUGGAAGGCGGACGCGGCACAGAGCUGGCAGAGUCGCAGAUCGAGAAGCUCAGCAGUCACCGGCAGCGCGUGCGCGACGACGCCAUGGACCUGGCGCGUGCCCUCGGCGCCUUGGGCUCCGAGAUUGAGCGCGCAAAGGUGUCGCGCGGCGCAGCUAUCCCAUGGAGCCGCCGCAUCCACGGCGUCGUGGACAGUGGCUCUGGCACUGCGGGCGUCGGCCUGCAGGUGCUUGGCGGCGGCUCGGCGGCAGGCUGGCGCGGCAACGGCUUCGUCUUGCCCACGCCGACUGAGGCGGCCACGCUGCGCGCAGAGGCGCUCGGGACGUUCCACAACCCCUUCGAGCUGACCAAGGACGCUCAGCAAGCGCUCAACUCGGGCAAGAUUGCGCUGCGGCGAAAGCCGAGAGAGCCUCUCUCGCGCGCGCUCAUCGACGAGCGCAUCCGCAAGCAACACGACGACCUCGUUCGGCAUCUGUCCGACCUGGCGCUCAUGAUUCAGCACGGCGGCGAGCUGCCGAACGGCCAGACCAACGGCGACGCUGUGGCGCCCGAUGCCGUGUCGCGCGCCCUCACGCGCGCCAGCUUCCGCAGUGUGCUGGCGCAGGUGCGCCUCGUGCUCGUGCGCUUUGGCUCGCUGAUGAACCUCGUCGAGGACGCCGACAUCGCGGCGGUGCUGGACGUGGACGGGCCCUCGGAAGAUGAGCCGCUGGAGGCGCAGGAGCGGACACGCCUCAUGAUCGGCAUCACCAAUGCGCGUCUGGCGCUCGGAACGCUCGCCAACGUCAAGCAGGCGGCGUAUGACCACAGCGCCGCGAUGCUCAUCGACGUACAGGACCUGUCCAUGUCGCUGCCGUAUAGCGGCGCCGAUCUGGCUGUGUCCGAGCAGCUGCUGCUGCAGACGCGCGAGCUCACGAGCGUCGUGCAGCGGCAGCUCAGCCUGCUUCUCGAGCUCGUCGACAUUGCCGAGGCGCAGGGCUCGCAGACGCUCUCGCACAUCGGCGCACGCUCAAAGGUGUACGGUAUCGACGACGUGCUUGUCAGCACGCUGAUGAGCGACGAUGCCGCGCGCGUCUCGCCGGGCCGCGACGAGGGCGCUCGUGGCGCCGGCGAUGCAGACUCGAGCUACGACGGCGAGAGUGCUGAGGACGAGGUGAUGUACCUUGGGCCAGGCCUGGCCGUGCCGAACGGUCCGCCUUCGUCGCGCCACGACGUCGUCCGCAGCGCGCCGAGCCUGUCUCCCGCCGUGCCGCCGUCGAACAAGUCGUACUCGACGUCCGUGCGCGGCGGCCUCGGCAUGCGCACGCGCUCGACGUCUGUCACGACGGGCGCCUCUGUCGGCUCGCAGGAGUCGGCUGCACGCACCAUGAGCCAGCGGCGCGGCACGACUGACCACGGCGACGACGACGAGGAGCACACGGCGCGCGUCAAGAGCAGCAACAAGAUGAAGCGCUUCUUCGGCGACGACCCGACGGCUGCGUCGACCGACGCGCUCUCCCUGGCGCCGUCGACCGACGCCAGUGCGCCGCCCGUGCCGCCGAUCCGGCAGGUCGAGGAGAUUCCGUGGUUCCUCGAGGCCGACUAUGCGCCGCACGACAUCGUCAUGAAUGCCUCGGGCCAGGUCAAGGGCGCCACGCUCGGCGCACUGAUGGAGCGCCUGACGAUGCACAACGCCUUCGACCCGACGUUCAACAACACGUUCCUGAUGACGUACCGCUCCUUUACGACGACGGAGGAGUUCCUCGACCUGCUCUUUGCGCGCUUCCGCGUCAAGAUGCCGCCGGGCCUUUCGCCGGACGAGCAGCAGGUGUGGGCAGAGAAGAAGCAGACGCCCAUCCGCUUGCGCGUCUUCAAUGUGCUCAAGUCCUGGAUCGAGUCGCACUUCUACGAGGGCGAGGACGACGAGGAGCUGAAGCGCAUCAAGGACUUUGCGCUCGACGAGAUGGCGCAGUCGCUGCCGAUGGAGACGCCCUCGAAGCUGCUCAUCCGCCUGGUGGAGCGCAAGCAAGGAGACGGCGAGCAGAUGAUCCGCAAGAUGGUCAUGCCGACGUCGGCGCCGGCGCCCAUCCUGCCGAAGAACCUGCGCAAGAUCAAGUUCCUCGACAUCGACCCGACAGAGAUGGCACGCCAGCUCACGCUCAUCGACAGCCGCCUGUACAACCGCAUCCGGCCCGUCGAGUGCCUCGCCAAGGCGUGGAGUCGGCCCGACGGCAUCGUCGUCGCCAAGGGCAUCCGCGACGUCAUCAGCGCCAACAACCGCGUCAGCGGCUGGGUCUCCGAGGCGAUUCUCGUGCAGGAGGACCUGAAGAAGCGUGCCGCCUGGGUGAAGCACUUCGUCGCCAUCGCCGACCGCUGCUACGCGCUCAACAACUUCUCCUCGAUGAUGGCCAUCUACUCUGGCCUCAACAACGCCUCGCUGAACCGGCUGCGGCGCACGUGGGACGCCGUGAACCAGCGGCACCUGGCGCUCUUCGAGAACAUGAAGGUCGUGCUGGCGCCGACGAAGAACUUUUCGCGCUACCGCCACACGCUGCGCCAGCUCAAUCCGCCCUGCGUGCCGUUCCUCGGCGUGUAUCUGACGGACCUGACGUUCAUCGAGGACGGCAACUCGGACCACCUCAAGACGGACGAGCGGCUGAUCAACUUCAGCAAGCGCCAGAUGACGGCCGAGAAGAUUGGCGAGAUUAUGAUAUACCAGUCGACGCCCUACAACCUCACGCCCGUGCAGGGCAUCCAGAAGUUCAUCGAGGACAACAUGGUCGAGAGCCGCACCGACGACGAGCUCUUUGAGCAGAGUCUGCGCCUCGAGCCGCGCGAGCGCGAGGACGAGAAGAUUGCGCGCCUGCUGCAGGAGAGCGGCUUCCUGUAG